UAAGACAGAAUCCCAGUCGUGCCCCCGUUUUGCAAAGAGCCAGCGAAAGGCAACAACCGGAACAUCAAUCAACUCCUCCCACAACGUCUCAAACAACAUAUUGGACUUGAUCUCUUAUUCCUACUUCAAGAGUGUGAUUGUAAACCUGGUUUGGUAUCAAAAGCAAAGCAAGCAGAGAAUCUUUGUUCCUAACAGACAGUAUUCAGGUCGUUUUUGCUUGGUCGAUACUUCGUGGUGAUUGAAUCGAAUCAGAAUCGGAUCCGAACCGCAAAUCACAAGGAGGGCACCUAUCCAGAAACCACAAAACGAUGAGGCCUCCAUCUCCAUUAGUUCCGCAGCGCUGGGUGACUCUCUUAGUAUUCUCUCUCUCCGCGCUGUUUGCUGUGCAAGUAGCCAAUGCUUCCCUGUUUUCUGUGGAAUAUUUCAACCCAAAAUCCUAUCAACGAGCUGACGACCUCCCUUUGAAGGUCAGCCCCAUCACUUCAGUUCAUACGCAGGCGGAUGCCAACUAUUACCGCCUACCCUUCUGCCGCCCAAUCGAAGGCGUCGUUGGGGGCAAGCAGGAAGAGAACUCUGCCUACGAAAUCCAAGUGCUCAAGGAAGUUCGCUGUAAAAAGCUUUGCCAGAUCAGACUCACUAGUGACGACGCAGAGAAGCUUUCAUAUUACGUCCAUCAUGGAUAUCAUAACAAUUGGAAGGUAGAUGACAUGCCAGCCGCCAAUGUAGCGGUCAGCCGUGGAGUUAUGCAAAAGCACUAUGCUGGUGGCUUUCCCAUUGGGUUCAUUGACACGAAUGAAAAUGACGCCUAUGUAUUCAAUCAUGUCAAACUUUACAUUGACUACCACGUUAGGGAGGAUGGAUACAGGAUUGUGGGAUUUGGGGUGGAACCAACCUCUGUCAAGCAUGGCUUCCCCCCUGGAUUUGAAUGGGAUGGCAUCAGCACUGAAGGUUUCCUCAAAGAACUCAAGACCUGUCCAUCCGAUCUUAAUUCUGAGUUCAUCAACCAAGACUAUGUCGAGACCGUUCAAAUCGUCAAGCCAGGAGAACCCAUUUUGUACACCUAUGAUGUCACUUGGCAGGAAUCUGAUGUUGCAUCGGACUCCAGAUGGGUUGUCUAUCUCACAGAAGACUACUUUGUCCCGCCCCAAGUCCACAUCUAUUCCAUUGUCAAUUCCACUCUUGUGGUCCUAUUCCUCUCGGUCGUCGUCUCUUGUAUCCUUGUCAAGAAUCUGAAACGAGAUGUUGCAGCUUCCAGAGGCAGGUCACAAGGCAGCCAUGAUGACGACGAUGAUCGCAAAGGAUGGAAAUCCCUCCAUGGUGAUGUGUUCCGGCCUCCUCAAACAAUGCCCUUUUUAUUUUGUGCCAUGGUUGGCACUGGAAUCCAGCUGGCCAUUACCGGAUUGCUGGUCCUGGUCUUGGCAACGUUGAACAUUGUCUCUCCAGUGAAACGGGGAUCAUUUGUGAUGGCCGCUUGGACAGCCUAUACCGUCUUGGGCUGCCCUGUCGGUGGGUAUGUGAGUGGGCGACUCUACCGAAACUUUGGAGGAGGCAAAGACUGCAAGGAACAAGCCUGGCUUACCACAACAAUCUUUCCGGGAAUGGUGUUUGCGGUCAGUGCAGUCUUCAGCCUGUUCUCUCCAGCAUUUACGAAACCGUCCAUUCCGAGUGUACUUGUCACGGUAGGUGUGUCAUGCUUGAUCGGGUAUGUCCUGACGAAGCAUGGAAUGGAAAAGGGUUACAAUGCAGCCGCACCCAACCUUGAGGACUUUCCGACGACAACAUCUUCUCUUGCUCGAGACAUACCUCCUCCAUCGUGUCGCCAUGGGUGCUUCUUGGAUGUGCUGUAUCUCGUCUUCACCGGCGUAUCCCCGUAUUGUGCCGCUUGGAAGGUUCCAAUUGUCGCCGUCCUGUGGGUGGGGGUCGUCCCGUUUGCUGCCGUGUACGUUGAGCUUUUCUUCAUCAUGACCAACCUAUUUAUGCAACAAUACUACUGGACCUUUGGCUUUGCCCUGAUCGUCUAUACCAUUGUCAUGAUUAUCAGCGCGCAAGUAACGGUGCUGUUUGUGUAUCACCGCCUCAACGGGGAGAAUCACAUUUGGUGGUGGCCAGCCUUUUUCUGUGCGGGAAGCAUUGGCUUUUACAUCUUUGCGUAUUCCAUUGUCUGGGUGAGCACUUUGGAAAUCCAUGAAGACACCUACUUCACUGCCCAUAUGCUUUACUUUGGAAAGAUGCUACUGAUCUCGUGUGGGGCCUUUCUGCUGUGUGGGUCUGUCGGAACUCUGGCCGCUUUGGGCUUUGUGUGCAAACUCUUCUCCACUGUGAGGCCACAAGGCGAAGGAGACUAUGUAGAGCUGCUGAACAAUGAUGAUGACGAUGCUACUGCCGGUGUGCUUGAUGGCAACGACAACAACAACAACAACGGUCAACCAUAGAUGCAAUGAACAUAACAUACCGUCGUACCGGUAGACCCCGAAACACAUUGCGCCUGUAGGAGUGCACGUACAAGCAGCAAUCUUUUCUUAAUUUAGAAUACUAGUAUGCGGGCGUUCACGACCCCAAAAAGCAACAUGAACAAACGAAGCACUCAUGCUGGAUCACCCAAAGGAGCACUGCUUGCAAGCCCCACACUCUUAGCUGAGCCAAGAAAGCGCGCUGGUGUGCCCACAGCAGCUAUAGGGGUACAGCAUGUACUGGUAUGUAGGUACGGUAUGUAGGUACCCGUACCGGUAGUCCCGCAGCCGCACCACUGCCGAGCCCCCCAAAACCAGUGCCGACCCAGCCACCACCAAUCCUACAUGUACAUUCCUACAGUGCUACCUGCCUUUCACAUACCGGUAGUUUCACCUACUACUACAAUGCACCACCAACUUGGUACCCCUGAGGACCCGCUCUGGAAACCUUUGUCACAACGGAGUGUGCCAUAGGUGCUUCCGGACUGGGUACGGUGAGCUGUAAACUGAAGCUCACGGAAAAUCACCAACCCGCCUCGAGGGUCUGAUUGUUGCUUUCGCCGAGCAGCCAUCUUUCCAAAUUCUAUGCCAUCAGUUUUCUGGCUACUAGCUAGCUAGCUCAGCAGUAGCUAGCUAGCUAGACGAGAAGGUAUCUGGAGAGUGAAUCGCCUUCUGCACAACUUCGUCUUCGCGCAAUUGGCACCAACAGCUUUCGUCUUCGAUAGCAUCCUUGUAUUCCCAGGAGCAGGCGGGUCAACUUUACUCUGUGGAAAAGUAUGGGUGUGGUUGUCACAAGAGUUGGACCACGUUGUUUGUUCGUGGAUCCAAGUCUCGUUGAUUGGUUGAUGGCAUUGUUCUUGAUCUGUGAGGCAUGGAAUGAUAG